CGGUGAGGAGAUGGCGGUCGAUAAGGAUGUGUUGCAGCUGGACCUGUACGGCCUGCUGGGAGUCGGGGAGAAGGCGUCGGAGAAGGAGUAAAGAGCAUUAGAAGAACAGUUGAGUAAAACUUGGAAGUCUGGGUCUGUCCAGCAAUUGUAUCAGAGGCUGCCUGGAAAUUCCAGGCCCGGGAGACUUCUAGCCAUGCAAAUGAAUGUUGGCUCAACUACAGUCUUCUGCUUAUGAUAGAGAGGUUAAGAAAGCAUACCGCCAGAAGGCCCUGACUUGUCACCCAGAUAAGAACCCGGACAAUCCCAAAGCAGCGGAAGUCUUCCACCAACUGUCUCAGGCCUUAGCAGUGCUCACUGAUGCAGCAGCAAGGGUGGCAUAUGACAAGGUGAGAAAAGCCAAGAAGCAAGCAGCAGAAAGGACACAAAAGCUUGAUGAGAGGCGAAAGAAAGUAAAGCUUGAUCUUGAAGCCAGGGAACGAGAAGCCCAGACCCGUGAGAAUGAAGAGGAGGAGAUCCGGAUAACAAGAACACUAGAACAGGAAAUAAUACGCCUGCGUGAAGAAGGCUCCCGUCAGCUUGAGGAGCAGCAGAGACUCAUUCAAGAACAGAUCCGACUUGAGAGAGAGCAGCGCAUCCAAGGCAAACACGAAGGGAAUGGAGCAGAAAGCAAAAUAACCCCCAAACUCAAACUGAAAUGGAAAUGCAGGAAAGAAGAUGAGACAAAAGGGGGAUACUCAAAAGAUGUUCUGUUGCGGAUCCUGCAAAAGUAUGGCGAGGUUCUCAAUUUGUUGAUCUCAAGUAGGAAGACAGGAAGUGCAGUUGUGGAAUUUGCUACGGUUAAGGCUGCUGAGAUGGCUGUGAAGAAUGAAGUUGGCCUGAUAAAUAAUCCUCUAAAGAUUUCCUGGCUAGAGGGCCAGCCCCAGAAUAAUCCCAGCGCUGUCCCUUCUGACAGUGCUAGUCAGCCAAGGACUUCACAGAGAUCAGUGGUCUCAGAGCGAGACUAUGAGAGCCUGGUGAUGAUGCGGAUGCGCCAAGCAGCAGAGAGACAGCAGCUGAUUGAACAGCUCAAGCGGGAAGAUGAGGAAGAGUCUCACACUUAGGAUGAGAGAGUAUGGAUUCCCCCAACCCAUUGUUCUUCAUUUAAAAAGCUGUUUUCUUAAAUUAAGUCAAUAAACCUCCUUUUUUAAAACUGUUGUAGGAAUGCAAACUGCCAUUGACUGCAGCCCUUAUCCCUUUCCCACAGAAGGGAAAAAAUGGUUGCACAGGCUUCUGAGUACCUCAUCAGCCUGUGUACUUAGAGUAGCUGCUUAGUCACAGGAUCUGAGAGGUGCUGUCAGAACAAACCCCAAACUCCUCAAAGCUUGAAGCUUCUUCAUUCCUGAAAGCUUGUUCAGGAGCUGCAGAUCCAGAAGGUUUCAACAACAACAGUUCAGAACAGCCCAUGGAAAGAUAUCAGUCUCUUUAGAGAAAUGUUUUAUUAGUGUUACCUCUACAGCAGGAUCAAUACACACAGUCCCAAACAAUCCAGCAUUGCAACUGCUGCUGUUAAGAUUACGCAGCCCAUGCCUGAAAUGUUCACUGGACCUUCCUGUGCUGCUCUAAGGCUAUUUCAGCAACCAGGUGUUAUGCUUGAAUAGCAGUCUUGGGACUGAAAGUCUGCUAACCAGUUUCAUUUGGGAGAGAAACUGGCCUCGCUGCCAAGUGAAGGGAUUCUCAAAGAGCAGUGUGCAGGUUUAGCAGCCACCGCUUUGGUUUCAAGAGAUGAGUGAGUAUGCCAUCUGCGCUUGGCCUCCCCUCCCAGCCCCCUCCCCCAAGGACGGGGUGGUGGCAUGCUCUGAACCCUCACAGCUCAGCACGUACCCCUCUGGGGCAGUCCUAAGGAAGAGACAGAUAAGUCUGUUAUUUGAGCUCCCUCCGAUGCACACUAAAUAGAGGAUGCUUAAAAUGUAAAAGGAUAGUAUUUGCCAGACUGCCAUUCGGAUGAAUGCAUAGU